CUUAAAACAAUGCCCACAUUGCCCGCAGCAGAUAUAUGAAUGCUAUUUGAAGACGUCACUUAACCAUCUGAUUGCGCUUGUAGUUUGCAUCACACAAUUUGCUGCACCGCACACAAGUGCACGACCACAACUGCACUUGUCAUUUACGAAGCCGAACUCCAUUGGGGAUUUGAUCACUUCGCUGUCGUUUCGACAAUGCGGGCCGCAUAAAACCACUGAGUUGACUCUCGAAUGUCGUUAUAGUGCAGUUUGAAUAAUUCGGCCUGUAAAUGAGGUCGUUUCAACGUUUCGAUAGCAAGUUAAGUGUCAAAACUAGCGUAAUCUUCUAUGUAUGAUGUCAUUUGGAUUGCGGCAAAAUCAGCACAGUGGUCAACAACAAUUCCCCGUGAAAAGGCAUUUUAUAUUAUUGUCAUCGGUUUACGACGAUUUCCCGUAUCAUGUCGCGUGUGUGUGUGUUGCUGCUGAAAGUUAAGUAACGUGUUGUUACAAAACGUUAGCCGGUAGGUGGGUGUUACGUAGCUAAAGGAACCAAGCUAGCCGGGUUGUGUUGGCUGGUGUUCAAUGGUCUCCUCUUCCGCCUCCAGACUCAGUCUUAUUUGGCGACACUUUGUCAACAGUCGGAUGGGAGACAUGGCCUUCAAGCCUCUGAUGCCAAGCCCGGAAAAAGCGCUGCCGGGCCGGACUGAAGCCAUCCAAGUGGCCGCAAAACACGACGUGAACGGCAACAGAACCACGCCGCCGUUCCCAGAAGACACGCAGAUGGUCGUUUUCGGGAUGGGCUGCUUCUGGGGGGCGGAGAGGAAGUUUUGGCGUCUGAAAGGCGUUUAUUCCACUCAGGUUGGCUACGCCGGAGGGUACACGCCCAACCCCACCUACCAGGAAGUGUGCUCAGGCAUGACGGGCCACGCCGAGGUGGUCCGGGUGGUUUUCCAUCCAAACCAGGUUUCCUUGGCCAAUCUGCUCAAGAUCUUUUGGGAAAGCCACGACCCAACGCAAGGUAUGCGUCAGGGCAACGACGUGGGUACGCCGUACCGCUCGGCUAUCUACGCCUGCGCCCAGCAGCAGCUCGAGGAGGCGCUCGCGUCCCGAGAUCACUACCAAAAGGUUCUGAAGGAAGAAGGUUUCGGAAGCAUCACAACAGAGAUUGCGGAAAGCAAACCCUUCUACUACGCAGAAGACUACCACCAGCAGUACCUGAGCAAGAACCCAGGCGGCUACUGCGGCCUGGGCGGGACUGGAGUCUCCUGUCCAAUAGGAAUCAAGGAGAAGGCCUAGACGCCCAAUCGCAGCUCAGGAUCAUCACACUUUCCAAAACGAUUAACUCAGGUUUUUAUGUUGCAUUUUAUGGGGAACAACACAAUCUACUCGGAUUGGAGCUGAUGUAGAUCGCACCUUCACAAAUGAAUACUUUUGAGCAUGUUGUACAACUAUGCACAUCCGGAAAAUUAAAUAAAAUAUGCAUCAUUGA